UUCACGACGGACGCGUGGAAACGUCAGAGCGGUCUGAUUGUGAAGACUCGUGUCACGUGACCGCCGUGAACCGAAGAGAUUUGGAGGGUUCAGGGAUUCACCCGCUACUUCAACUGCAAGUCCAGCGGAACGCAACGCGCACUUCACGCCUUUCACAGACCGUUUGUUGAAACGCAAAGUUAGGUUGUGUGUGUGUGACCUACAAGGAGGAGUGGUCUUAAGUAAAUCUUUUCUGACGAAGCUCAACAGUGAAGCCGAAUAUGCACUGACUCUUGUUUUACAGACCGGAGCGCUGCAUUGUUAAGAAGAAUAUAGCGUUUGUUUUAGUCCUCUGAGUUUAAAAAUGAGUGCGAUACGCUUCAUACAGUGAUAUCAAUUGUAAAUGUAGCCUAACAGUGUACCAGGAAAGCUUGUCCAGGACUUCAGUUCCCUCUGAGAAGAUUUCCAAGUCGUCUUUCGGACUUCAUUCAAGAAGAAAUCACUUUUUUCAUCGGUGCGGACAAAUAAACGUUUAUUUCCGCGCAUCAAUGGGCGACGAUAUAGUUUAACAUCGCAUACUAACUUCUGGUCGUGUGUACAUCGAAGAACCGGAUCUCAUCCAUAAAACACAAUUUGACCAAAUGUCAAGGUUACUAUAGCGGAAAUCCUAAUCGCCAUCCAGCUCUAUAAUUAAACAAACACGCCGUGUAUCAGCUGUUUGUGUCCGGGACCUCUAAUCUGAGAUGCUUUUGUAGAUUAUUAAACUAACAAGCUCGUGGACGACAUUGGUAUUGUGCUGUUGCUAUACCAUUGCUGGCGUUUCACGCUUUCACGGGAUUAUAGUUUGAAUUAAAAUCUCUGGAUGGACGAAAACGACUAUAUUCCAUGUCGUGUGGAUUACUGAGAGAUAGAUCCGCGUGGGAAUCGAGACACCUGAGCCGGAUACCUGUAACUUUUCUCUCUCGAAGGCUCUUCAUUGCGCUUUCCGUCGCUGGUUGACACGGUCUUUUUUAUUUAACUCUUAACUGGUUUGGUAUAAUGGACGUGAUAGCUCUAGAUAAAGUUCACCAGCAUCACAAUCCAACAGAUUCUCGCUGGGAAUUCGUCGCUGGACUGUAGACGUCGGUCGGGAGAUAUUUUGGAGGAGCGCUGUUGUUUAUCAUCACAAACGGGAUUUAUACGUGGAAACUACUACGAUGUCCGUUAUACGCUCUUGGAUGGAAACUCUGUUGCUGUAUGUGUUCAUUUCGGAAGGACAGUGUUGACCCACAAAUGGAUCAGUCAACAGAUUACAACCUUACUAAACAUCAACACCACCCUGGAUUAACUCAUAAUCUCAGACAAAGUGGGACAAACAAUCAUGAUUGAUGGCUUCAACUCUGACCUCAAGCAUUUAUUAAAUGACAUCUGCAACCUCAUCAGAUCAGAUUGCUGGUAAAGUUUCUCCUACCAGUUCAGAUGCCCUCUUCAGUGUCCCGGUUCCUAGUACCACCUCCAGCCCGCCAGAAGUUUACCUCCCUGCCAACUUUAAGCUCUCCAACACACAGUUGGCCUUCUUUCUCCAAGAGACCAGAGUUCAACCAUAUGGCAGCCAACGUGGACACCCUCUUCAGCGUUCAGAAAGCUUUGUGGUCUUUCAGACCAAGGAGCUGCCUGCAAUCAACAUCUCACUUGGACCUUUCACCCAAGACCAGACAUUGUCCAAGGACCUACUGCAGCCGUCAAGUCCUUUGGACAUUCCUGGAAGGCUGACAGUCAACUGGAAGGUCCGGGCUUUUAUUGUACAGUCUAGAGUUUUUGCUAGUAACCCACUGGUUCAGGUGCUGUUCUAUAUCGCAGGACGGGACUGGGAUGACUUCAAGAUUCAGGACAAGCUUCCAUGCGUGAGGCUGCAUGCUUUUAGAGAUGUUCGGGAGAUCAAAACUUCCUGCAGGCUUCAAGGGAAUCUGGCGCAGUGCUUGGCCCAACUGGAUCUCCCUUCCACAUGGUUUAAUGUUAAUGUAGCACCACUGGGUCGCAGAAAGUCCUCAGGGACAGAUGGGCUUGAGUUAAGUGGGGAGACCCUUCAAGUAGAGCUUUACUAUACCCUCCAUGAUCCAGACAGCAAUGAUGAAUGUGGGGAGAGCUUCCCACGCCGAGGAGGGGCAUCGAGAGGGGAGAGCUCAUCCCAACAACCCCUUCUCCGUAUUGGGAGCAUCAGUUUGUACCAGCCCAGUCAGGAACAACUGGUGGUAGACAAACAGCUUGACAAGAACCUCUUUCUGAGGCUACCAGAGAGGCCAUUAAAACCAGGAGAGACCCUCAGCAUCUACCUGCUCCUGGUCCCAAAUUCAACUGUGGAGCAGUUUACACUCAAGGUGAAAGCAAAGAAAGGGGUGAACCUCCUUAGCACUAAGUCGAUGAGUAACCAGUGGAAGGUUGAAUGGGAUAUGCAGUCCGGAGCCAAACACUCCAUUGCAACUGUGGAAGCCAGCAAGAUCAAAGGAGUCCCUGGGGACAUGGCUGCCAGCAUCGAAAUUAUGCAGCUAGACUUUGAGAUGGAGAACUUCACCAGUCAAUCAGUCACCAGAAGAAUCAACUGGAAUAUUGAUUACAGGGGCCAGAAUCCAGCCUCAGAUGCAGAGAAGGUGGUCACAGAGUUGACGGUUGUGCAGAAGGACAUCCAAGCCAUCAUUCCACUUUCAAUGGACACUGAGAUUAUCAACACGGCAGUUCUUACUGGCCGAACUGUGGCUAUCCCUGUCAAGGUGGUUUCCAUAGAGCUGAACGGAGCAGUCACUGAUGUGUCAUCCUUUGUGCAGUGCAAGUCAUUCAAUGAGGACAUUGUCAAGGUGUCCAUGAACUGUGACUAUGUAUUUGUGAAUGGAAAAGAGACGCGUGGCUCCAUGAACGCUCGGGUGAUUUUCAGCUAUGAGCACCUGAGUGCCCCUCUUGAGCUCACAGUCUGGGUGCCCAAACUACCCCUUAAAGUGGAGCUCUCAGACAACAGACUGAGCUUCAUCAAGGGCUGGAGGGUGCCCAUCUUACCCGACCGCAGAACGGCCAGAGACAGCGAUGAUGAUGAUGAAGAUGACCGUAAAGUGAGCAGAGGAUGUACGCUGCAGUACCAGAGAGCCCAGGUUAAGGUUCUGACCCAGUUCCACACAACCUCUAGUGAAGGCACAAACCAGAUGAUCACUAUGUUGGGUCCUGACUGGCAAGUGGAUGUGACAGAACUGGUGCAAGACUCUCUGAAGGUGGUGGAUGCCAGGGUGGCUGAGCUGGUGGACAGGACGGUGCUCGUGGCCAACGAGCUUGGAUCAUCCACUCUGAAGGUUGAAUCUCCACUGGCAGUGGAGGCGGUGCUGGGUGAAACGUUGUUCUCUGUGGUAGACGAUAAAAUAUCCAUAGUGGAGCUACGUGUUCAUGCCAUCUCGGGACUGGCACUUAAUCUUCAACCAAGUCCUGGCAACAGCCAUACCAUGGUUGCCAAGGCAACUGGCCUGCAGACUCUCUCAGCUCUUAAGCAGGAGGCCAGUCUGUCCAUCUGGGUUUACUACAGCGACAAUUCUGCCGCUCCCCUGAGUAUGUAUGACCCAAAAGACUACAACCUCAAUGCCACCACAGCAGACGAUAAGGUGGUUACGGUGGCUCAACAACCUCAACAGCGGUGGCCAGUCAUCGUGGCCGAAGGCGAGGGCACAGGAGAAGUAGUGCAUGUGGAGAUGACCAUCAGUGAAACCUGCCAGAAGACUAAACGCAAGAGUGUCAUUGCUUCAUCUCCUGUGUUCGUCAAAGUUCGCUUUGGACCAGAUGAAGACUCUGAGGAGGAAAUGGAUACAGAGACAGAAAUAGACACUAGAAUGCCUGCCAACACAAGAAGGCCCGCUAUUGAUUCCAACGCAGGUGGUGGAGGGUAUGAGCCAUCUAAUGAGCAGCCCGCAAGUGUGCCCAUUGAUUACACCAAUUUUCCCACAAUAAGCAAUCCGGAGGAACCAACCGAAGAAGACGAGGAGGACGACGAGUUUGUGCACAGUCCCCGUAGCAUGACCGACCUGGAGAUCGGCAUGUAUGCUCUCCUUGGGGUGUUUUGUCUCGCCAUACUUGUUUUUCUUAUAAACUGUAUUGUGUUUGUGUUGAAGUAUCGCCAUAAGCGCAUCCCUCCUGAAGGCCAAGCCAACAUGGACCAUUCCCACCACUGGGUGUUCUUGGGUAACGGGGAACCCCUGCGCACCCAGAGUGAUCUCUCGCCUCAAACGGUGGAGAGCCCCAGCAACACCUUGGAGGGGGUACAGACUUGUUGCCACGGGGACCACCACAGCAGCGGCAGCUCCCAGACUAGCGUACAAAGCCAAGUCCACGGCCGAGGAGACGGCAGCUCCGGAGGUUCCACCAAAGACCACGGAGAGGAAGCCAGCUCACCAACCUCCAAACGCAAGCGUGUCAAGUUUACCACCUUCACCCUGCCCACGGAAGAUUUACCCUACAACUCCAUCCCUAUCGCCAACGAAGAGGACAUUCAGUGGGUAUGCCAAGACAUGGGCUUUCAGGACCCAGAGGAACUGCACGACUACAUGCGCAGGAUAAAGGAAAUAGCCUGACCGGGCUAUCUGCUUUCUAAAGACGUUCCUUUCUAUUUUUCUCUCUUAAUUUUCACUCUAGAGGAGGUACCUUUCACAAGAAAAACAACCAAGGCCUAGUGUCCAGUUUUGUUGGGGUUUUCUGCACAGUGCUGUUUCCCUUACACAUUGACACUUGUAUGAACUAAAAAAUAUUCAUGACGCUGCCAGGGAAGCCAAAGACGAGUCUAAGGGAUUCUAGCAAAAAUGGCUUUUGCGGUGUGUCUGAUUGCUGCUCAGUAGAAGGGGGAGUGUACAAUCUUUAAGGGAAACAUAGAAUUUCAGUUGUGAACACUGAUAUCAAAAUGGAUUCCUGAAGUACUCAAUCAUGCGUGGGUCACCCUACUGUGGAUAGGAUCUUUCUCAGAGGAAUGCCUGGAGUCUUGGCACUGUGUCCAUUCUUCUUCUUCUCUUUUUUUAAUUCAACAGAUUCUUCUCCAACAAAGAGGCCUUUGAAGUGCAGAUUCUACUUUUGUCCCAGAUUUAUGUUUGAGAUGGAUCAUUUUCAUGCCAUUGUUGAUAAACCUGACACAGACACUGUCAGGGACGUUCAUGAGAACAUGCCAUGGAUUCUUUCUGUCAGUGUUGGAAAUGUUGAAUGGUUUUAUCCCCCUGCCCCUCUUUUCAGCGUUAUCUUGGUUCAACACAUGCCUUGGUUGCUGAAUUAGCUCUUCGUCUGUCUUUGGUAUUUCGUACUCAUUCUCAUUCUGGAUGCCACCUCUGCUUCUCUCACUGUCUUGGUUAAGUCUUAAUGCCUUAUUAAAUGGAUCUCAAUAGUCACAACCUCGCUCUGUGCUGACACCACAUUUGUUCACAUUGGUAAGGGCCAAAGCAGGGGCAACUCUACAGAAGUCUGUAUCUCAAUUAAACGUGUGUCGGCAUGGGAAAGGCAGCAGCUUGUACAUUGUGGAGUUAGAUAUCUUCUCCAACAUUCCUCUGCAUGAAUGGAGACUUGGAGGCACAAUUAGCGCUAUUUUGUUUCUUUUUUACUUUGUAUAUGUUUGUAUUGUGAGAAUUAUCUAAUCAUACAUAAAUGAUAAUAGAGGACAUAUCAUGUUACCAUGCAUUACAUGCAUGUGCCAGACCCUCCCUCCCGUGUACAUACCAUGUUCAGUACAUAACGACUGCUGAAGCUUUACUCUUGAUUACUCAGUUAGCCUGAGAAAUGAGGGAGGCAGAUGCCAUAUAGGGACUCGGCAGCCAGAUACUUGAAUUUCAGUGAGGCUCUCUUUUCUCUUUCUCUUUUUCUGUCUCUUUACUGAUCUCACCGUGAAUUCCCAUCCAGGCGGUAAUAGAGUUAAGAUCUCUGGUAAGGAUAAAAUGCUAUGCAAACACACUGGAGGGGUUGAUUAUUGUGUUGAAGUAGAUCCGCCCCAGAUAUCAAUAUAGCACCACGGUUACUUUCUUUAAUAUACCAAGAAAUAUCUCAAAACUAGAUGUAACAUCUGCCACAAUGUAAAUUGCAGGUUUUGGGAUUUGUUUAUUUCUUUUUUACUUUUCUUGUUAAAGAAAAUGUGGUAGCACAGUAGAUCAAGCCUGAAACAUUUAUUAGUUUAGAAAGGGAUAAGCUGGUAAUGGGUCUGGAAGCUUUUUUUUUUCUUUUUUUGUGGUGAGGCACAAAAAAAUAUCUGUAUUGCUGCUGACCUAUCACAGGUUAGUUUCAGGGUUACAGUCCGCCCCCCAGUUUCUUCAGGACAUCUAAAUUCACGCACUGUAUUAAAUGUUUAUUUUUCCACUGUGCUGUAUUUGAAACAUACAGGAUUCUCCCAUGACUUUGUUUUAAUCUUUGUCUUAUUAGUCAUUUUCCUGUAAACGGGAAGGAACACCUAUAUUUAGUUUUUUGUUUUAUAGAUUUUAUUAUAACAUUAUUUUUAAAAAAACUCACCCCUAGUUUAAUCAGGGGUCCUUUGCACUCCAGAUAAAAGUCACAGAGAAAUUCUUACUGACACCUCUCCACCUUUGUCCUCUGAUUUGUAACCCUCUUCACCUUUUUCUCAAAGGAUUCUGAUGAGUAAACCCUCAGUCAUGACGUGUGAUGAAAUGAUGUAACAUGUCGAGGUAUUAGGUUUUGAUAGACAGUUGGUGUGUUGGUCAGUGGUUUAGUUUGACUCACAUUUGACCUUUAUGGAGGCUCAGAACUGAAUGUAAACUUUUCAACUGUACCUUGAUGAUCAAAAUGAACAUAAUUUCCACUGUAUUAUUAAAGUCUUCUCAUGGGGUACGUAAGACUCGAUAUGACUACUAGCAAGUCUCUGGUAGCAGCUCAUACACUUUUCUGUUUCCUAAAAUUAUUUUCCUAAGUGUAACAUCACUAUCAGGACAUUUUUGGUUUCAUAUUGUUUUCUACUUUAAACUGAUGUAUGUAUGUAUAUGAAACAGCAGUUGCGAUAUCUGCGCUUUCAUUUUUCUUUCUCAAAAGGAGCUGCUACUAGGCCUUUGCCUUGACCACAUGCUGUGUUGUGGUGUAGAUUUGAGCUGUACUCUCUGACCUGCUGAAGCACGGUACUGUCAGCCUUGUGCUGCCACACCCUUAAUGUACAGAGCACUGUUACAACAUCCUGUAUCCUCCCUAAAAAACAACUGUUGUAUUUCCCUCCUUAUAUGUAAGUACUAAAGAAAAUACAAUGCAUAAACUUGGUGUUGCGGGGGUUUUUUUUGUUUUGUUUUGUUUUUUGACAAUGUACUUUGUAUUAUAAUGCUGUGUCCAAACAAUAGUUGUCUAAUGAGCCUACUGAGCUGUCUAGACAGCUGCUAAUUUAUUUAUAAAGACUACUGCUGUUUGUUAACAAUAAUCAACAGACCAAGCAGCUAGUUGUUAUUAGACAUUCAAAUGCAUACAAAUGCUUA